CCAUUCCCAUCCCAUGGCUAUUCAACUUCUGCUCUUAUGGCUCCUUGCUGCAAGCUUAGAUCUCACAGAAUCUCAAUCGGUCGGAGUAUGUUACGGAAGGCUCGGAAACAAUCUUCCGACCCCACCACAAGUCAUAAGUUUAUACAGAUCCCGAAACAUCCGACGGAUGAGGGUCUAUGAUCCUGAUCAAGGUGUUUUUCAAGCACUAAGCGGAUCAAACAUCGAAGUCAUGUUGGGAGUCCCCAAUACAGAACUCCAAUAUGUUGCCUCCAGCCGUGAAAAUGCACGUGAAUGGGUGAAGAGAAAUGUGAGGGAUCACUCACCAGGCGUUAGAUUCCGUUACAUAGCCGUUGGGAACGAGGUUAAGGCAUCGGAUACAACUUUGGCUCCUUUGGUGCACCCUGCGAUGACUAAUGUGCAUGAAGCCGUUGCGUUUCAUGGACUCAAAGAUCAAAUCAAAGUUUCGACUUCGGUUGACACAACUUUGAUCGGGGUGAGUUAUCCUCCGUCUCAAGGCGCCUUUCGGGGCGACGUGCGGGGUUACAUCGACCCCAUCAUUGGUUUCCUGGUCAGCAUCAACUCGCCUUUGCUUGUUAACAUCUAUACAUAUUUCAGUUAUGUCGGAAAUCCGCGUGAGAUAUCGCUCCCGUACGCUUUAUUUACAUCUCCCGGUAUUGUGGUGCAAGAUGGAGCCAAUGGGUACCAGAAUCUUUUUGAUGCUAUGUUAGAUGGGGUGUACUCUGCAUUAGAGAAGGCCGGAGGAGCUUCACUAGAAAUUGUGGUAUCGGAAUCUGGAUGGCCCUCAGAUGGAGAAUCUGCAGCCACGUUCGAUAAUGCACGCACAUAUUACACAAAUUUGGUCGCUCAUGUGGCACAAGGCACACCAAAGAGGCGUGGGGCAAUAGAGACAUAUUUGUUUGCCAUGUUUGACGAACACAACAAACAACCUGAAUACGAGAAAAAUUUUGGAAUAUUUUAUCCAGAUCAACGACCAAAAUAUCAACUUAGUUUUUAAUGUAUGGUUUGUCACUUCUCAAAUGUCAGAAAUAAAAGCUUAAUAAAACCGUAUUUUGUAAGUUGAAGCUGACCGUUGGUCUAUUCUCUUGUAAUAUUGGUUAAUAAAAAUAUCAAGUUCUUGUUA